AAUCAUUUCCGUAGAACAUAGCUCUACCUAAUUAAUUUUUGUAAAUUUUUGCAAAGUGAUAUGUGAAUGCGAAGUUUUGGUUUUUUUUCUAAUUUUAUGGUGUACAGGAAAAACAAGUUUCAGUGUGACCCAAAAUUUUUGCAUUGAAUUUUGAGUUGAGAGAGUGCAAAUUAAGAUCGAAACAAUGUAGCCUAAAGAUUUCCAGUUUUUUUUUUCAAUAUAAUUUAUAAACGAGUGAAUAAUUGCAAUUGAAUUUGAAAGAAUAACUGGUUCAAUCGGAAAAUUCAAGACUUGUGAUUCUCGAAUUAUAGAAAAGUAGAGAAGAUUUAACAUGAAAAAAUUUGCUCAGUUGAUGAAUCGCUAUGUGGUCGCAUACGCAGAUAUUCCUCGUUGUAAUAUUACUCUCGUGUGUUGUUUUUACGGAAUCAGUGAUCGAUUUAUUGACGCCUUUUAAAAGAACGUAUCGUAUACGAGGAUUCCCAUUCAGAGAAGAUCCAGAUUUCGGGAAUAAGCCUAUACUCGAAGAAUACGAUUUCGUCGUGGUUGGAUCCGGUCCGGCAGGCAGUGUGGUUGCAAGCAGACUCAGCGAAAAUCCUAAAUGGAGCGUGCUGUUGCUGGAAGCUGGCGAAGACGAGUCUGUUGUCAAUCAACUUUCUACAUUAGCUCACUAUUUGCAGUUCACCAAUUUUAACUGGGGCUACGUUACCGAAUUCCAAAAUGGCGCCUGUCUCGGGUUAACCAACGGUGGACGUUGCCCCUGGCCGGCUGGUAAAGGAACAGGUGGCAGUAGUUUGAUCAAUAAUAAUAUUUAUACCAGAGGAAAUCGGCAGGAUUUCGAUGGAUGGGCUAAGGCCGGUAAUGAGGGUUGGAGUUACGACGAUUUGUUACCUUAUUUUCUGAAAAGCGAGGAUAUUAAUAUAGCCGAAUUGAAAAGAUCUCCUUAUCACGGGAUUGGCGGUCCUAUGCCGAUCGAGUAUCCUCCGUUUCGUUCUAUUUUAUUAGAUACGUUCCUGGAUUCGGCCAAAGAAGUCGGAUUGAAUCUAGUCGAUUACAAUAAUCCAAAUACUCACGAAGGAUUUUCUCAUAUACAAGGUACCAUUAGGUUAGGUAGAAAAAUAAGCGCUUAUAAAGCUUUCAUACGACCUUACAAGAAUCGUAAAAAUUUACAUUUCGCCAUUAAAUCGCGCGUCACUAAAAUUUUAAUCGAUCCGAAUACCAAAGAGGCAUACGGUGUCGAAUUUGUAAAAGCUAGACGUAGAAGGACAGUCAGAGCACGCAAGGAAGUCAUUAUAUCGGCCGGCGCUUUUAAUUCGCCUCAUUUGUUAAUGUUAUCUGGCAUAGGUCCUAAAGAACACCUGGACGAAAUUGGAAUACCUGUUUUACAAGAUUUAAGAGUCGGCGAUAACUUGCAAGAGCAUCCAGCCUUCGCUAAUUUGGCAUUUACUGUAAAUAGAACGCAGGUUAGUUUGAUACCCGAACGUCUGCUGAACGACGCGGUGGGCACAACAUUAAGCUGGGCAGAAGGACAGGGUUGGUUGACCACUUUGGCAUGCGAAGGUUUAGGAUACGUUCACACUAAAUACAACGAUAGAUCGAAAAAUCCGCCUCCAGAUAUAGAAUACAUAUUCGUACCGACUUCAAUGGCAGGCGAAGCCGGAGCCGGAGGAAGUAUUUUACGAAAAACCAUGGGCAUUCCAGAUAGCACCUAUUACGACGUGUAUAGAGAUAUAAUGAAUAAGGACGCGUGGACCAUAUGGCCUAUGCUCAUGUAUCCCGAAAGUCGGGGCACUGUUAGGCUAAGAUCGUCUAAUCCUUGGCAUUUGCCCAGGGUUCAGUCGAAUUUCUUCGCCGAAUCCGUCGACUUGUACAGAAUUGUCGAAGGAAUCAAAAUGGUGAUAGAAUUAAGUCAAACUAAAGCUUUUCAAGCCUUAGGUUCGACAUUACAUAAACGCCCAAUACCGGGAUGUAAACAUUUGGUAUUCGGUUCGGAUGAAUAUUGGGCGUGUUGUGUUCGUCAACUGACUAUGCAGAUGCAUCAUCAAUGUGGUACCUGUAAAAUGGGACCAAAAAGCGAUAAAACUGCUGUCGUUGACCCUCGUCUCAGGGUUUAUGGUAUUAAAAAUUUACGCGUAUGCGACGCGUCCAUUAUGCCAACUAUUCCAGGAGCUCAUACCGUUGCUGGAGCAUAUAUGGUCGGAGAGAAGGGCGCCGAUCUCAUUAAAGAAGACUGGAAUUGGAUAAAUUCAACAACCUCUAGAUGAAUUUUGUACAGGAUGAAAGUACUCGCAUGUUGUAUUACGAUUUUUACUUUUUGGUAAACUACCUACUCAUUUUGUGAGAUUAUUUUCCUUUAAGCCACGUGUACCUACCUAAUCUAGCUACCUCCCAGUUGACCACAUGCUAGCAAAAAGCUAGCGUUUUAUUCGCGUUUUGAUAAGUUGCUAGCAAUUUACUCGCUUUUUGUGGCCAGCAAUAAUUAUCUCGCUAAAAGUAAGCGAUUUUCUUGCAGUUUUUCGCUAGCAAAUUCAAUUCUAGCAAUUUUCGAGCUGUUUUCCAGCGACUCUCAGCUAGCUUUUACUUCACUUUAACUUGCUCGCCUUAUGCUAGCGUAUUACUGGCGGAUACUUGCUCGCAAUUCUAUGCUAGGACAGUUCAAGCAAUAUUCUCGCAUAUCUCAGCUAGCUUUUACUUCACUUCAUACAUGCUUGCCUGAUGCUAGCGUAUCACUGAUGGAUACUUGCUUGCAAUUCUAUGCCAAGAAAGUUCAAGCAAUAUUCUCGCAUAUCUCAGCUAGCUUUUGCCUCACUCUAUACCUGCUCGCUUAAUGCCAGCGUAUCACUGACUAAUAUGUACCGGCUCACAGUUUUAUGAUAGGAAACUUCAGGUAAUAUUCUUGCAUCUCUGAGCUAGCAUUUACUUAGCCAUCUGGCUCUAGAAAAAUGUAAGCAUAUCUCUAGUUUCUGCAUCUGGUGACUUGGCGUUUUCUUUGUAGUCAAAUGAUGGGAACGUGCUACCACCAGAUCUUACGCAUUUCUCACCAAUAAGGUAAAACUGCCUAUUAGUACGCACCGCCUAUUAGUACGCAUUGCGUUUUUCUCGCGAUUGGUAACACUGAUCGAAAAUUUGACUACACCAUGACGUAGCUGACUAAUGACCCUAGUUUCUCCGAAAAAAUCACGCAGUUUGAUUGAAAACUCUGUCUCUGAGAACAAUUUGAAUGAAAAACUGUGUUUUGGAUUUUUUUUUCUUCAAAAUGGGAAAUGAGAUUGAACAUAUUAAAAUAAUGUUAUUUGGUAAGUAUCUUAUACCAAUCGAUCCAUAAUUUUAUGUAGUUUCUUAUGAAAAAAAAGACAUUUCGAAAAUAUUAUUUUAUUAUAGAGCUAGACAUCAUUUUAUGUCAGAACAAAAAACUUCCUAUAAGUACGCACCUCCUAAGUCCUAUUAGUACGCAUCCUUUUUGCAUGUAAAUUUUCAUUUUUUUGAUCAUUUUGCAUUAAAAUGAAUAAAAUUAGCUGAAAUUGGUAUUUAGUCCAUCUAAGUUCAAGAUUAUGAAGUCUGAUCAUGAUACUGACGCUAAUUUCAAAAAAAUGGACAAAAAAUAUGAUGUCAAAAAAAUAUAUUUUUUUAAAAUCUGAAAACUUUGCUUUUUCGGAUAUUUGAAUUGCUAAUUUGGUUUUUUCACAGUAAUUCCCUCUAAAUAUGCCAUUACACUUUUUCAGUGCUUUUUGUUGGAUUUUUUACCAUUUUCAACGUGUAUUUACUCAUGCGUACUUAUAGGCGGACGUUUGCGUACUAAUAGGAAGGUACCUUCCUAUUAGUACGCAUUUGAGUUGACCUCAUUUUUGCAUUAUUACAAAAAAGCAGCAAUGGGAAACUCAAAAGUGAGUAAGCAGUUAUGUAGCCAAGGGUUCAAAGUUUAUGUGUACAAAAUUUCAUAAAUUUUUAUGCACAACUCUGGGAGCUGGAGCGUCUCAAACCUUAACCGCGUACUAAUAGGCGGUCUUACCUUAAACCUUUUUCUGCGUUAUUUAUUGUAGCAAAAUGCGAGCAAGUAUCUUUUCCAUCCCUCAGCGCGCAUACAAAAAUCAUUAAAAAUAUUCCUGCAUAUGACAAUAGGAGUAAUUGCACCCCCCCCCCCCGCCGAUCUUCUGGGGCAACUUGGUGGGUUCAAGUCAUUUUAGAGCCUCCAGUAGGCUUUUGAAACUUGAAAUUCCCACAACAUUAAUUAAUCAAUUGGAGUUGGCAAGCUGAAAUUUACUUCGCAGGUUUCAAAUGGUUUUGAAGCUUCCAGCUACUUUUAGGAAAUUCCAAUUUUCCAAAAAACGCCAUACAACCUUCGAAAAUUCGCUGGAGGCUCCAAAACGACUUGAAAUCCACAAGCAGUCGACUUCGUAGCGUAUUAAAAUUAGUUUGCAGAAUGAAUUUCGACUCUCCAUCUCAGUUUGAUGAAAUUUUGUGAAAAUUUAAAGUUUCAAAAAUCUGCUGGAGGCUUCAGGAAUUUUCAAAGAGUCGCUGGAGGCUCCAAAACGACUUGAAAUUCACCUGCAGUACUUCGUAGCGUAUUGAAAUUAGUUUUCAGAAUAAAUUUGAGCUUUACAACUUCAAUUUGAGUUUCAAAAAUCUGCUGGAGGCUCCAGAACUGCUCAAAACAAGUUGAAACCGUUUCCCAUCGAUUUGGCAUGUCGAAAAUAGGGUAUAUCCCAAAUGUCAGGUUUCUUGGUCAAUUUGGUAAAAUUUUGAUUUUUUCUCACAUUUUGGCCAAAAUUUGAUUUUUGAAAAUUCACCAAAAAUCGAAAAAGGUACUUUACCACUUGAAAUUUUGACAGGUGAUGAAUUUUUGCAUGAUCUUUCGAUCUACGUUCGUAAGGUUUGAAAAAUUUCGUGCACGUCCUAUGUUGAAACGCGAAAUCUGCGAUUUCGGCUGACCUUUCAAUCAAAAUUGCCGCCAUUUUGUAAGUAAGGCCAAUUUUUUUUCAGCAAGUUUGCUUUAAAAUGUUCCUUAGGAUGUCCCCUUUAAGGAAAAAGUUGUCCCGGAGGAUCGGCAGGGGGUGCAAUUACUCCCAUUGCCGUGGACUAAAAUGUUGUUCAAAUGUUUUUGAAAUUUUUCAUUUUCAUGGUUUGUUUGAUACUUCAUUUUCAAAUUUUAAAUUUUGACAAUUUUUCUAUUUAAAAAAAAAAACUUCAUUUUUUAUUUAAUAAAGAGAUUUUUCAACCUAAGCGCUAGCAUGAUGCUAGCGAAUUGCUAGCGUCGAUCUCUCUCAUGGUAUAGUUUGCUACUCUUAGAUAAAGUGUGUCAUCAAGUUGAAUAUAAGCUCAAGGUGGUAACUUGUUGAAAAGUAAGAAGAGUGACAUCACUCUUCUUAUACUAUCCCAAGAUGCUAGCGUUAUGCUAGCUCUGAGCUGGGACAGUCGCCUAAUUUUUGGAAUAUCCUGGAAUACUACCACCUGUUAAAAAUAAACACCCAGAAUUUUAAAAAUUAAUUAACACUAAUUACUUUACUGAUCAAAGUUUUUCUACGCUAGCAAAAUGCUAGCUUCUUGCUAGCAUAAUUUGCGCUAGCGUAAAUGGUGCCGGAAUAUGAGACACUUUUUGCAAAAAUUGCUAGCAAAUCAGUCGCGAUUUAGUCGCAUGUACGUAGCAGAAUGCAGAGCAAAGUGCCAACAAAAUGCUAGCUUUUUGCUAGCUUUGUGCCAGCUACGUGCUAGCUAUUUGUGCGCAAUUCUGCUACUCUAAUGCGACCUAAUCGCAACUGAUUUGCUAGCAUUUUUUUAAAAAAGUGUCUCAAAUUCCGGCACCAUUUACGCUAGCACAAAAUUUGCUAGCAUUUGGUCAACUGGGCUGUGUAACUAUACUAGGUUCUAAAUUUAAGUUGAUUAAUUCGUCGUCACUGGCGUUGUUUUAUGUAGGUUUAUUCAUCGAUUACGAUUUGAUGAUUCAUUUUUGUAGCUUCAUUGUAUCAAUGAAAAAAUUAUUACCCAAUUGUUUAUUAUUUUACUCUAGAUUAAUUUAAAAAGCAAAUCUUAAAUGAAGAAAAUGUACCUACCCUUAUGUCUGAUUGAAAAAUUGAUGAACUACAUUCAGUAAAUAAUAAUACAAAUAUGUAAUUCAGACAAAGAUUCAAAAAUUUAAUGAAAAAUGUGAUGCCUUAUUUGUAACAAAAAUGUUUAAAAGGAAAUUUUCGACCGUUUUUUUUUUUUUUUUUUUUUUUACCAUACCUACCUAACUAUGAAAAUUGUAUGACUAUAGGAGCAUAAGUACCUAGAAAAUUAAAAAAAAAUUGAUAGCCAGGUAAAAUUACAUUAUUUACAAUAAUGUUAAUAAACAUUUUAUAUGUACAUACCUAUUACGUAUAAGUUAUUUACAUGUAUAUGUAUGUAAUUCAUGAUUCAUAAAUGUGUGAUCCAAAAAACCCACUCAUUUCCUUUUUGUAUUUGUAUGUAGGUACCUACCUAAGUAAUUUAUCUGUAAAUAUACCUACCCACUUAUAUUAUUUACUUACUUACCUUUCUACUUAUUUCAUUGUAAAAUGACAUUAAAAUAAUGCUUGAGUGUACUGCAGAUUUACUUAAGUAUGUGAAUCUAAAAAAUAAAAUUUGACAUGUGCUUUUUUUUAAAAAAAAAAAAGUAUUUUGCUGUGAUGGUGGUAGAACCCUCACAGAAAAAUACUACUAGUUUUUUUUUCACUAGUAUGUAUUUUCGUAUUACUAGUUUUCUACUACUAGUUAAACCACUAGUAGUACUAGUAGUUUCCAACUAGUAGUAGAAAACUAGUAAUACGAAAAUACAUACUAGUAAAAAUUACUACUAGUACAUACAUGUACUACUAGUAUUGUCACUAGUAGUAUCAUCAUAUAUCACACUAGUAGUUUAUUUCAAGGAUUAGAGGAGCACGCCACCACUCAUGGUUGACUACUACGGGUUUGAAGUAAAAUAUUAAGGUUGAUCAAAAAAAUUUUUUUUCAAUUUUUAAAAUUUUUUUGCAAUGUAUUUGAACAGGAAUAAACAAAAACGAUGAUUUAUUAA